AAGUAUACAGGAUCGUGAUCAGAUGUUAGCUCUUGAAGUGUCCCUAAAUUUUCGAUUUCGGUAAAAUUUUUAGAGACUAUUGGCGGGUUUACACCCUACGACAAAUUGAACGACAAAUCGUCAUUGACAAUUUGUAACGAUUUGUCGAAUAUCGCAUGUCCGUUUACACGUACCGACUUUUCGUUCAAGUCAGUCAGUAUUUUCUCCUGUGUGAGGUGAAUUGUGAAAUGCUUUCCAGCAAUGGAGGAAUUACUGUUAUGGUAUAUGUACAUAACUUGCCUUGCAACAAGUGUGAAGAGGAAAAGAAAACCAAGAAGUAAGUGGAGUCGUCAUUGGCUACUAAAGAAGAGGUUAUCUCAUAUGGAAUUGUUAAAAGAAUUGAGCAAUGAACCUGCUGAUUACAGGAACUACUUGAGGAUGACAGAGGAUACUUACCAAGAAUUAUUGUGUUUGGUUUCUCCUUUGAUUGAAAGACAAAGCACCGUAAUGAGAAAUCCCAUAUCUCCACACGAAAGACUUAGUGCUACAUUACGAUUCCUUGCAACUGGAAGAACUUACAAAGACUUGGAAUUCACAACCCUUAUUUCUAAACCAUCGCUCUGCAAAAUAAUACCUGAAACGUGCAAGGCAAUAUACAUGGUAUUGAAAAAAUUCAUUAAGUUCCCGAGUACUACUUCUGAAUGGGAAGACAUCGCUACAGAUUUUGAAGACAAGUGGAACUUUCCUCAUUGUUUGGGUUCAAUUGACGGAAAACAUAUUAGGAUUGUUCCUCCAGCAGACAGUGGUUCCUACUACUACAACUACAAGAAAACUCACAGCAUCGUCCUUAUGGCUAUAGCUAAUGCUAAUUACGAGUUUAUCUAUUGUGACGUAGGUACUAAUGGCAGAAUAUCUGAUGGGGGAGUGAUUAAUAACACAGUUUUCUACAAACGUCUUGUAGAGAAAAAAUUGAACAUUCCAGAACGUCAACCAGUGACCAAUUCAACUCGAGAGCUGAACUAUGUUUUUGUUGGCGAUGAGGCGUUUGCAAUGCGUCCAGAUUUACUAAAGCCAUUUAGUCGAGCAACACUAACUAAUAACAGAAGAAUUUAUAAUUAUCGCUUGUCCAGAGCUCGCCGGGUAAUAGAAAAUACAUUUGGUAUUUUAGCAUCUCGAUUCCGUGUUCUAUAUACUGCAAUUAAUAUGGAUGUGGAUAACAUUGAAUGGGUCGUUCUGGCGUGUUGUGCUUUACAUAACUUUUUACGUAAACAGUCUGCAACAUAUGCGCCUCCUGAUGUUUUUGAUCGAGAAAAUACCAGCGAGGGUGUUACAGUAAAAGGUUUACGAUGUGAUGCAGAAAAGAUGCAUCACUUACAACGACGUUCUGGGGGCAAAACUUUGGAAGAAGCCAAAAAAGUUCAAAAUGAAUUUUGUACCUAUUUUAAUGGUGAGGGAUCAGUGCCAUGGCAGGACAAAUUUGCUUUGGAUGUGUAA